AUGCUCGCCAACGUUCUCACCUUCGCUACCUUGGCCGCUGCCUCCUCCUAUCCCCGUGGACAGUACAUCGACGCCAACGUAAGAAACACGUCUGAUUCUGAGUCUGCCGGUCUUGCUGACAUUGCUCUUGCUCUAGUACGACGACAUUGCGGCCGUUCCCGCCGUUCCCGCCGCCACCCCUUUGGGCGUCUACAAGGGACUCAACUACACCGGCUUUGCCGUAGAUGAAGGUGGUGUUGAUGGAGCUGGCGUUGUCGCCGGAGUCGCAGCACACAGUCCCCCCAACCAAAUUGUCACCGGCUUUGAGCAGACUUCCUUGACGGGCGCCAAUGCUGGCUGGCAAGUUGAGAACAAGGCUGGCAGCUUCGACCUCUACAGCUUCUAUUACGGCUGCGCUGUCAACUCGGUCGAGGGAGCGGAGGGUGUGCCGCAACAGUGCACCUUCAACGUAUGUCACUGGGACUUCGGUUCCGCCCACCUUUGCAGCUCGUUCUGACACGAACCAUAGGUCCGUGGCUACCGCAGGGCAGCCGAUGCCAACCCAGUCGCCCAGCAACAGUUCUCCUUCACCCCCAAGACGACCGCCGUGCUGGCCCAGGCAAUGCAGGCUACCUUCGAAAACUCCUUCUCCAACAUCCAACGGGUCGAGGUCGUGCAGCUGGAGUCUACCAGCGGCGAGGAGCUCAACGUCAUUCUGUUGGAUGAUGUCGUAUACAACCUCUACAGCAAGGCUCAAUACUAG